UCGGCUGAUGUUCCGCCCCGGCUCUGCGGUCCGCUUUUUCUCACGCCGGGUCGGGCUCGGUUCGUUAUCAUGGAGGAGGCUGAAAUGCAGCUGAAAGUGAAAAAGGUGACAGACAAGUUUACAGAGAGCAUGUAUGUCCUGGCCAAUGAACCUUCUGUCGCAUUGUAUCGGCUUCAAGAACACGUCAGGCGCUCUCUCCCAGAAUUGGCUGAACACAAAGCUGACAUGCAGAGCUGGGAAGAACAGAGUCAAGGAGCCAUUUACACCGUAGAAUAUGCCUGCAGUGCCAUCAAGAAUAUGAAGGACAGUAGCAUGUAUUUCAAGAACAUCGAAGGGCUCCUGAGACAUGCCAUUGCCGUAAAAGAUCGGUUGAAUUCUGCACGGAGGUAGCUCUAGAGAUCCAGAUCUGGGAAAACAUCACGGACGUCCUCUGUUAUUUAUGGAGAGAAGCUUCAAAUGCCAAGGGGAAGCCAACUCUACAUACCAACGCAAUCAAGACACAUUUAUAUGAACCAGUCUCCAGGUUUAAUCAUUUUUUUAACAUCAGUAAUUACUGUUAAUUAAAACAUAUGUUAGCAAUACUUAGUUUCUAAGGAAGAAACACUGCAGGCAA